AUGAUCAACGCCCUCAGUUCUGUGCGACAGUUCCGUCUUAAGUUAGGUGUUGCUCUCAGACAGUUGGUGAACUCUCGUCUAAAACCACCCUGCCAGACCCCCGACCACCCUGCCAGACCCCGAGACCACCCUGCAGACCCGAGACCACCUGCCAGACCCCUAGACCACCCUGCAGACCCCCAGACCACCCUGCCAGACGAGACCACCCUGCAGACCCGAGACCACCCUGCCAGACCCCGAGACCACCCUGCCAGACCCCCAGACCACCCUGCCAGACCCCGAGACCACCCUGCAGACCCCGAGACCACCCUGCUGCCAGACCCCGGGCCACCCUGCCAGACCCCCAGACCACCUGCCAGACCCCGGGACCCCCCUGCAGGCCCCGAGACCACCCUGCCAGACCCCCAGACCACCCUGCCAGACCCUGGAGCCACCCUGCCAGACCCCCAGACCACCCUGCUAGACCCCGGGACCACCCUGCCAGGACCCCAGACCACCCUGCAGACCCCAGACCACCCUGCCGACCCCCAGACCACCCUGCCAGACCCCAGACCACCCUACCCCGAGACCACCCUCCCAGACCCCCAGACCACCCUGCAGACCCCCAGACCACCCUGCAGACCCCCAGACCACCCUGCCAACCCCCAGACCACCCUGCAGACCCCCAGACCACCCUGCCAGACCCCCCAGACCCUGCCAGACCCGAGACCACCCCUGCAGACCCCGAGACCACCCUGCAGACCCCCAGACCACCUGCCAGACCCCGAGACCACCCUGCAGACCCCGAGACCACCCUGCAGACCCCGACCCCCUGCCGAGCCCGAGACCACCCUCCUGCCAGACCCCGAGACCACCCUGCAGACCCAGAGACCACCUGCCAGACCCCGAGACCACCCUGCCAGACCCGAGACCACCCUGCAGACCCCAGACCCCCCUGCCAGACCCCCAGACCACCCUGCCAGACCCCAGACCACCCUGCCAGACCCCGAGACACCCUGCCAGACCCCAGACCCCUGCAGACCCCAGACCACCCUGCCAGACCCCCAGACCACCCUGCCAGACCCCAGACCACCCUGCAGACCCCAGACCACCCUGCCAGACCCCCAGACCACCCCUGCCAGACCCCAGACCACCCUGCCAGACCCCGAGACCACCCUGCAGACCCCCAGACCCCCCUGCCAGACCCCGAGACCACCCUGCAGACCCCGAGACCACCCUGCCAGACCCCCAGACCACCCCUGCCCAGACCCCCAGACCCCCUGCAGACCCCGAGACCACCCUGCAGACCCCCAGACCCCCCUGCAGACCCCGAGACCACCCUGCCAGACCCGAGACCACCCUGCAGACCCAGACCACCCUGCCAGACCAGAGACCACCCUGCUGGGCCCGAGACCACCCUGCCAGACCCCAGACCACCCUGCAGACCCCAGACCACCCUGCCAGACCCCUAGACCCCCUGCCAGACCCCAGACCACCUGCCAGACCCCCAGACCACCCUGCCAGACCCCAGACCACCUGCAGACCCCAGACCCCCCUGCCAGACCCCCCAGACCACCUGCCAACCCCCAGACCACCCUGCCAGACCCGAGACCACCUGCAGACCCCAGACCACCCUGCCAGGACCCCCAGACCACCCUGCAGACCCCAGACCACCCUGCAGACCCCCAGACCACCCUGCCAGACCCCCAGACCACCUGCCAGACCCCGAGACCACCCUGCCAGACCCCCAGACCACCCUGCCAGACCCCCAGACCCCCUGCGGCCCGAGACCACCCUGCAGACCCCAGACCCCCUGCCAGACCCCGAGACCACCCUGCAGACCCGAGACCACCCUGCCAGGCCAAGACCACCCUGCAGACCCCAGACCCCCUGCCAGACCCCCAGACCACCCCUGCCGACCCGAGACCACCCUGCAGCCGAGACCCCUGCCAGACCCCCAGCCACCCUGCAGACCCAGAGACCACCCUGCAGACCCCGAGACCACCCUGCAGACCCCCAGACCACCCUGCCCCAGACCCUGCCGCCCGACCCUGCAGACCCCCAGACCACCCUGCAGACCCAGACCACCCUGCAGCCCCGGACCACCCUGCAGACCCCGAGACCACCCUGCAGACCCCCAGACCACCCCUGCCAGACCCUAGACCACCCUGCCCAGACCCCCAGACCACCCUGCCAGGCCGAGACCACCCUGCCAGACCCCAGACCACCCUGCCAGACCCCACCACCCUGCCAGACCCCCAGACCACCCUGCAGACCCCGAGACCACCCUGCCAGACCCCCAGACCACCUGCACCAGACCCCCAGAGCCCCCUGCCAGACCCCGAGACCACCUACCCCAGACCACCCUGCCAGACCCCCAGACCCCCUGCCGACCCCCAGACCACCCUGCGCCAGACCCCAGACCCCCUGCCGACCCCAGAGACCACCCUGCCAGACCCCCAGCCUGCCCAGACCCCCGAACCACCCCUGCAGGCCGAGACCACCCUGCAGACCCCGAGACCACCCUGCCGGACCCCAGACCACCUGCAAGACCCCAGACCACCCUGCCAGACCCCAGACCACCCUCUGCAGACGAGACCACCCUGCCAGACCCCAGACCCUGCCCCAGACCACCCUGCCAGACCCCGAGACCACCUGAACCCCAGACCCACCCUGCCAGACCCCAGACCACCCCUGCCAGACCCCGAGACCACCCUGCCAGACCCCGAGACCACCCUGCCAGGCCCAGGGCCACCCUGCCAGACCCCCAGACCACCUGCCCGGGACCCCCCAGACCACCUGCAGGCCCCGAGACCACCCUGCCAGACCCCAGACCACCCUCUGCCAGACCCCCAGACCCCCUGCCAGACCCCCAGACCACCCUGCCCAGACCCCCAGACCACCCUGCAGACCCCAGGCCACCUCGGGCCCCAGACCCUACAGACUACCCUGCCAGACCCAGACCCUGCCAGACCCAGAGACACUGCAGACCCCAGACCACCCUGCCAGACCCAGGAACCUGCCAGACCCCUGCCAGACCCCCAGCCACCUGCAGACCCCAGACCUGCCAGACCCCCAGACCACCUGCCAGACCCCGAGACCACCCUGCAGACCCCAGGCCACCCUGCAGACCCGAGACCACCUGCAGACCCCCAGACCCUGCCGAUUUGGAUCCCCUGCCAGACCCCAGGCCACCCUGCCCAGACCCCAGACCCCCUGCCAGACCCUUGGCCACCUGCCAGACCCCAGACCACCCUGGGGCCCUGGACCACCCCAGACCUGGUGCUGCCAGACCCUGACCUCCCUGCCAGGCCCGAACCACCCUGCGGACUGACCUCCUGCGGGCCCCCAGACCCCUGCCAGACCCUGACCCUGCAGGCCCAGCCUGCCAGGGCUCCCCAGACCACCCUGCAGACCCCGAGACCACCCUGCAGACCCCAGACCCCUGCAGACCCCAACCCCGAGACUACACCCUGCAGACCCCCAGACCCCACCCUGCAGACCCCCAGACCACCCUGCAGACCCAGACCACCUGCUGAGCCCCAGACCCCCUGCCCAGGCCCCAGGACCACCCUACCCAGACCCCAGACCACUGCCAGACCCCUGGAGCCACCCCUGCCAGACCCCUCCAGAUCGCCUGCUGAUUUGAACCACCCUGCUGACUCUUGCCUGCAGGCUUGGGGCCACCCUGCCAGACCCCGAGACCACCCCGGGCAGAGACCACCUCAGAGACCCCUGCAGGCCAGCCCAGCCAGACCCCCUGGCCACCUGCAGACCCGAGACCACCUGCAGACCCCAGACACCCUGCAGACCCAGGAGACCACCCUGCCCAGACCCCGAGACCCUGCUGUGCCGAGACCACCUGCAGACCCUAGACCACCCCUGCCAGACCCCCGAGACCACCCUGCCAGACCCCCCAGACCACCCUGCAGACCCCCAGACCACCCUGCAGACCCCCAGACCACCCUGCAGACCCCAGAUUCCUGCAGACCCCCAGACCCCUGCCAGACCCCAGACCACCUGCCAGACCCAGACCACCCUGCCAGACCCCAGACCCCUGCCAGACCCCGAGAGACCACCCUGCAGACCUGGACCACACCAGACCCCGGAACCACCUGGCUGCCCCUACCUGAGACCCUGCAGACCCCAGACCACCUGCCAGACCCCGAGACCACCCUGCAGACCCGAGACCACCCUGCAGACCCAGAGCACCUGCAGACCCCCAGACCACCCCUGCCAGACCCCCAGACCACCCUGCAGACCCCCAGACCACCCCUGCCCAGACCCCCAGACCACUGCACCCAGACCCAGGACCACCUGCAGACCCCGAGACCACCCUGCCCAGACCCCAGACCACCCUGCCAGACAGAGACUACCUGCCCAGACCCCGGACCACCCUGCGGCAGACCCCUGAGACCACCUGUGACCCCGGACCACCUGCCAGCCCGGGGCCACCUGCAGACCCUGACCUGCAGACCCCCAGCCACCUGCCGGGACCACCCUGCCAGACCCCGAGACCCUGCAGACCGCAGACCACCCUGCAGACCCCUAGACCCCUGCAGACCACCUGGAGACCACCCUGCAGACGGACCACCCUGCCAGGCCAGGCCACCUGCAGACCCCCAGACCACCCUGCCAGACCCCCAGACCACCCUGCAGACCCCAGACCCACCCCUGCCAGCCCCAGACCACCCCCCGCCACCUGCGACCGACCACCCUGCCAGCCCCCCGACCACCUGCCAGACCCGACCACCUGCCAGACCCCCAGACCACCCUGCAGACCCAGACCACCCUGCCAGACCCCCAGCCACCCCUGCCAGACCCCUAGACCACCCUGCAGACCCCCAGACCACCCUGCGCAGCCCCAGAGACCACCCUGCAGACCCCAGACCACAGCCCCAGACACCCUGCAGACCCCAGAGACCACCUGCCAGACCCCAGACCACCCUGCCAGACCCCCAGACCACCUGCCCCAGACCACCUGACCGACCCCGAGACCACCUGCCGGGCCAGAGACCACCCUGCAGACCCCAGACCACCCUGCAGACCCCAGAGACCACCCUGCAGACCCAGGACCACCCUGCAGACCCCCCUCUGCAGACCCAGGCACUGCAGACCCCGGCCACCUGCCCAGACCCCCCCAGACCGAGACCAACCUGCCAGACCCCAGACCACCUGCAGACCCCAGACCACCUGCCAGACCCCUAG